AUGGACCCGCAGCUCGCUGCCAUGCUCGGCGCCCUGGGCGGCGGCGGCGGCGGCGGUGGCGGCGGCGGCGCACCCAUGAUGUCCCCUGCAAUGCUCGACGGCCUCUGGGACAUGCCCAUGAUCACCAGCAUCGCCUUCCACCCGCGGCCCGAGGUGGCGGCUCACAUGGGCGCAACCAGUGGCCCGCUGAGGCAAGGCGUUUUCGAAGUCGCGGGGGGCGACAAAGUGAGCUACAGCCUCUACCUCCCAGAGGAGGGUGAAGUUGUUAAGGUUGUGGUGUUCAACUUCCAUGGGAACGCCGAGGUGUGCACGGACAUCGGCAUGGAGGCGGGGCUGUUCCACCGCGUCGGCGCCGCUUUGCUAUCCAUUGACUACCGCGGCUACGCUUGGGGCACUGGGCAGCCAAGCCUCACGAAGUUGUGCAACGACGCUUCAAAUUGCUUCGAGGCUGCCGGCAAGGUGCUUAGCGACGCGGGCAUCGAUGACGCGAAGCGGGUUGUAAUGGGGAGGUCCAUCGGUGCCACCUGCGCUGUGCACUUGGCCGCCAUGCACGCCGCUGACGUUUAUGGCCUCGUGAUUGAUAGCGGUCUGAUGUCCAUCAAGGAACUCCCCAUGGUGGCGUCGAUGGCACCCAUGUUUUUGGGACCGCAGGCGCCCGCUGUAUUUGCGCAGUUGAAGGAGCCGUUCGAUACUUAUGGCAAGCUUGCUGCCAUCUCCUGCCCCACGUUGGUGAUGCACGGCGAUCGUGAUCAGAUCGUGGCCGUGGAGCAGGCUGUCAAGUGCCACGAGCGGCUCGCCUGUGGGGACAAGAAGCUGCGCCGCUGGGAGAGUGCGGGCCACAACGACGUCCUCGCCACGAACCUACAGGACUGGGAGGCAGAGGUCGUGGAGCUCAUCCCGAAGAAGCCGUGGCUUUCGACAACGCCUUCCCAGCGGGGGCGCUCGUGGAGGCCCGCACGCCCUCGGAGGGGGCCACGAGCGGCGCAUGGGCCCGCGUGCUGGGGCCGCAGGGAGCGGGGCGCCUCAACGUGGAGCUGCCCGGCGGGGAGAGGGUGCUGA